CCUUUAUUUAUUUUUAGCUUAUUUAUAUUAUUUUUUAUUUGUUUGUUUUUUAUCUUGCUCGAUGAAAUCUUGAAUGAACAGCGAUAUAAUUUUGGUAAAUUGGUUUUUAAUUGUAUUCAUCAACUAUUUAUUCUGUUGUAUUUAUGGGCUGUUCUGGUGGGCACUAAUCAACACCCGCGUGCCAUAUAUGAAAUUUAAAAUAUAAUAUGUAGAUUACAGCUGACAUUUUUGUAGCUUUUUAAGGAAUUACACUGAUCUUUUCUGACGAGUUGAAGUCUUUUGCUUAGUCGUACUCUGAACAGCAAGGGCCGCUGUUGAUCAAUGAAACUGUUAUAUUCUGUUUUUCACAAGCCUUUAUCCCUCCUCAUUCUGAUGUGAUUUAACUGGUGGGAGAGAAGCUGGCUCGUCGUUUUUAUUCAGGGCGUUUAACUCGAAUUACCACGAUUGAACGUGAUUUUUUUAUAUUAUUUUUCCACACAAUAUUUGGACUACAAUAAGACAGAGAUCAUAAAUAAUUGGAUUUACCGUUUGUUAUUCUUCUGAUUAUGGUGCAACGGGCCUUUUGGAUGACAGAACCGCAUCGUUCACUGCGAUGGAAAAUGCUGUGGCAGUUAAUAAUUUUCGUUUCUUGUUAUUGUUACGCAGCAAACGGACAAAUACGAUAUUCUAUUCCAGAGGAGAUGAAGAAAGGCUCACUUAUCGGUAACGUUGCACAGGAUCUGGGGAUCGAUUUAAAACGGCUUCGUUUGGGUCGAGCGCGUAUCGUGACAGGAGACAGCACUCAGUACGCAGAUCUUAAAACAGACAAAGGGAUUCUAGUUGUGAGUGAGAGAAUAGACCGAGAGGAGCUUUGCGGCGACACCACACCAUGCAGCUUCAGCUUCGAGAUCAUUCUAGAAAAUCCAAUGGAGCUACACCCAGUUACAAUUGAAAUUUUGGAUGAAAAUGAUCAUGCGCCGUCGUUUCUAAACAAAGAGUUAAAAUUCGAAAUAAGUGAAUCCGCAACUCUGGGCUCGCGCUUUCUGCUGGAGAGCGCAGAUGAUCAUGAUGUAGGUGUAAACUCGCUGCAGAAUUACAUUUUGUCGCCAAAUAACCAUUUUGUUUUAAAACAACACUCAAAUCCAGAUGGGAGUAAAUACGCAGAAAUGGUUUUACAGAAAACGUUAGACAGGGAAGCGCAUCCUCAUCUGUCUCUGAAGCUGAUGGCUGUAGAUGGCGGAAACCCGCAGAGGUCUAGCUCUGUUAAUAUAGAUGUUACUGUGUUAGAUGUGAAUGACAACGCACCGCAGUUUAACCAGACUAUAUAUAGAGCAUCCGUGAUGGAAAAUGCACCGAGGAGCACAUACAUUACUACUGUUAAUGCUACGGAUGCCGACGCUGGUUCAAACGGACAGGUAACAUACAAUUUCUAUAAACAGAAAGGAACCGCUGCGCAAUUAUUUGAUAUUGACAGCGACACUGGCAUAAUUUCUGUUGUAGGAGCAAUUGAUCAUGAGAAAGAUACUAAAUUUGAGCUUACAGUCGAGGCGCGGGAUCAGGGUGGACUGACCGAUUCGAGUAAAAUCGUAUUAGAGGUCAUUGACGUAAACGACAAUGCACCUCUCAUUAAUAUAAUGUCUUUUUCAAACACAGUGUCAGAAGAUGCCCCACCCGACACCACUAUUGCAAUAAUUAAUGUUAAGGACUCAGACGCUGAUGAUAAUGGCAAAGUCAGUUGUUUUAUCGAAGGGUCUGAAGCGUUCACUAUAAAAUCAACUUUAAGGAAUUAUUACUCUUUAGUCACAAAUGUUAUUUUAGAUCGUGAAAAGGUGUCAGAGUACAACAUCACAGUCACCGCCUCUGAUUCCGGAAGGCCUCCUCUAAUAAGCAGAAAAGUAUUAAAUCUGAAGGUAACCGAUGUUAAUGAUAAUUCUCCAGUUUUCCAAAACAGUGUUUAUAAUUCAUUCUUGUUAGAGAAUAAUUCACCCGGCGUUUCUAUUAUUAAAAUCAUAGCUCACGACCCGGACGAAAAUCAGAAUGCGCGUAUUUCUUACAUUUUAGAAGAAAGUGAUUUGAUCGGGUCUCCUGUAGGAACUUACGUUUCAGUUAACACUGAGAGUGGGGUUGUACACGCAGUCCGCUCUUUUGAUUAUGAACAAAUAAAAAACUUUAAAAUAACUAUUAAAGCGCAGGAUGGCGGCUCUCCUCCACUUUGUAGUAACGUAACCGUGAACAUUUUCAUCCAAGAUCAGAAUGACAACGCGCCUCAAGUUCUGUAUCCGGUCCAGUCUGGUGGUUCUGUUGUGGCUGAAAUAGUGCCUCGUUCUGCAGAUGUUGGUUAUCUGGUCACUAAAGUGGUCGCUGUUGAUGUGGACUCUGGACAGAAUGCCUGGCUCUCAUAUAAACUGCAGAAAGCCACAGACAGGGCGCUGUUUGAAGUGGGCAUACAGAAUGGAGAAAUAAGAACUUUACGCCAAGUGACAGAUAAAGAUGCUGUGAAACAAAGACUCACUGUUGUAGUGGAGGACAACGGACAGCCCUCUCGUUCAGCUACAGUUAAUGUUAACGUGGCGGUAGCGGACAGCUUCCCUGAAGUGCUCUCAGAAUUCACCGACUUUACGCACGACAAAGAAUACAAUGACAACCUAACGUUUUGUUUAGUCUUGGCUUUGGCUGCAGUUUCAUUUCUUUUUAUAACAUGUUUAGUCGUCAUAUUAUCUAUUAAAAUCUACAGAUGGAGGCAAUCUCGCUUGUAUUACAAGUCCAAUCUCCCAGUCAUUCCUUACUAUCCACCCCGUUACGCGGACACAUUAGGCACAGGAACACUUCAACACGCAUACAAUUAUGAGGUUAUGAGGAUUCAAAGAUUUUUAAGAUCACGAAAAAUGUUUUCACUGUAGUGGUUUCUUUCAUGU